AUGGGUACGAACGCAAUUCCUUCCGGUCCGCCGAUAGGUGUUGUCGUUUUUCUCAACGUACCGGAGGAUGCAACGCUUGCGGAAAUAGACAACUUCACGCUGGACGGUCCGGAGUUCGGUAUUAAUUUGGGACGACCCAACGAUUCCGCAGAGUCGUGGGUGUUUUCCAUACCGUCCUUACGUGCCCGUUCCUAUGGUAUGGGAAAGCUGUUCAGGAUACAGUGGAGUGAUCGAUCGGUUAUGCCUGCUGAGUACAAAAACAGCUUACCCGUCAGCG